AUGGGUAGAAGGCAAAGAAAAGAAGGAAAAGAAAAGAAGGCACAAGUUUUGUCAGAAAUUGGUGCUACAACAACAGAGAUAAUGUCUGAUAGAAGAGCAGUAAAUAUCACCAUCAAUAGAUAUGGCCACAUGAUUGACAAUGUCGUGCUGAUUGUGACUGGGACCCUGCACGAGAGAGAUGUUCAAGAGUUGAUCGAGAAAUGUCAUCCUUUAGGCAUGUUUGACAGUAUUGCCACACUUGCAGUUGCUCAGAACAUGAGAGAGCUCUACAGGCUGGUGCUUGUGGACACUCCUCUGGCUCCAUACUUUUCUGAAUGCUUAACAUCCGAGGAUUUGGAUGACAUGAACAUAGAGAUUAUGAGGAAUACCCUCUACAAAGCAUACCUUGAGGACUUUUACAAGUUCUGUCAGAAACUUGGUGGGGCAACAUCAGAGAUAAUGUCUGACCUUCUGGCCUUCGAAGCUGACAGAAGAGCUGUAAAUAUCACCAUCAACAGCAUUGGCACUGAGCUUACAAGAGAAGACAGGAAGAAACUGUACUCUAACUUUGGUCUCCUCUAUCCAUAUGGUCACGAGGAGCUUGCUAUAUGUGAGGAUAUUGAUCAGGUUCGUGGUGUUAUGGAGAAAUACCCUCCGUAUCAAGCAAUCUUCUCCAAGAUGUCUUAUGGAGAAAGCCAAAUGCUCGACAAGGCGUUUUAUGAAGAAGAAGUCAGAAGGCUUUGCUUAGCCUUUGAGCAGCAGUUCCAUUACGCUGUAUUCUUUGCGUAUAUGAGGUUGAGGGAGCAGGAGAUCAGGAAUCUGAUGUGGAUAUCCGAAUGUGUUGCACAGAACCAAAAGUCCAGGAUCCACGACAGUGUUGUCUACAUGUUCUGA